GCUCGGACUCGUUUCCAGUCCAGAAGGGGGGAGAGAAGGAGAGAGGUAGAGGAGGGAAGAGGGCAGAGAGAUAGACGAUGGGGGUGAAGGUCUAUGGGCCAACCAUGUCCACGUGCACGGCACGUGUUCUCCUGUGCUUGGAGGAGGUGGGAGCCGAGUACGAGCUGGUGCCCAUCAAUCUCUCCACCGGUGAACAUAAGCAGCCCGCUCACCUCGCCCGUAACCCCUUCGGUCAGGUGCCUGCCUUUGAGGACGGUGCUCUGAUGCUUCACGAAUCUCGAGCAAUUGCAAGGUACGUUUCGCGCAAAUACAAGUCCUCCGGAGCUGACCUUCUGAAGGAGGGUGGCUUGGAGGAGUCGGCCAUGGUGGAUGUGUGGUUGGAAGUGGAAUCCCACCAAUUCGACCCAGCCAUCGGUCCCAUCUUCUUCCAAAGCUUCAUCGUCCCCAUGAUCGGCGGGGUCCCCGAUCAGACGGUCAUCAACACCAACUUGGAGAAGCUGUGCAAGGUGCUCGACAUCUACGAGGCCAGGCUAUCCAAGACCAAGUACUUGGCUGGAGACUUCUUUAGCCUUGCAGACCUCAGUCACGUACCUUUGCUGUACUACUUCAUGGGCAGCCCUCAUGCAUCCGUCGUCAAUUCACGGCCGCAUGUUAAGGCAUGGUGGGAGGCUGUUUCGUCGAGGCCGGCGUGCAAGAAGGUGACCUCUGCGAUGCCUGGAUCUGCGUGAGAGGUAUCGGUUGGUGGCCAUGGAGAAGAGAGGAAAUGAAUAAAAGAGUCUGCUUCAGUUGUUGGUCUUACAAUCUGUGUUUGUGUUUGGGUGCCUGGAUGUGAGGCGUUUGUGCUGUGAGUCCCUGUCUAUUGAGACACUUGGUUGUGUUUAGGGUGGGAUGGUGGGUAAUAAAAUAUGCGAUGCAUCCAUCUUUUCUUGUGCCUACUUUGGUGUUUUAUAUGCAUUUUGGUCAUCCAGUUGAC